CCUCGCGCCCACGACACCUUCGGCUUCAAGCCUCCCCCUCCUCUGAAUUCAGCAACCGCCGCACCCUGCCGAGCUGCCUCAAAAGCAGCGUGCAUGCACUAGUGCAGCCUAAAGCCACCGCCGCCACAUGCCGCGUGUUGCGGCAAGCUAACACAAGCGCAACUCUUCUCUUCCCUUUUCCCUGCCAUUGCCAAGCUCGGCAACGAUACGAGAUCGUCGUGUCCAGGCCAGGAGCCAGGAGGAAUGUCUGAACCGGCCACGCAAUGCAGGGGAAAUGUGGGCGGCGGCGAGGGUGGUGGCGGCGGCAUGAGGACGGUGGAGUGCCUCAGAGGGAGGCUGCAAGCUGAGAGGGUGGCGUCCAAGGCGGCCAAGGAGGAAGCCGACCAGCUCGCCAGCAGGUUGGACGAGCUUGAGAAGCAGCUCGCCGAGGAGGUGAAGAUCAAGAACAAGGCGGAGAGGAGGCUCAGGAGGGCCAUCAAGAGGCUGGAGUCCCUCAAGAUCCUCGACGUGCAGCUCUCGCCCUCGGAGACCUCCAUUGGGUCGCUCUCUUCCAACUCCACUGGCUGCUCCGGCCAGCAGCAGCCGGAACCUGCUGGCUCGCUGACGAGCACCAUCGAUUCCGUGCGUUCCGUCCCUCAUGCUGGUGGCGGCGAGGACAAGGGAUGGGACGGCGACAGCGCCAAGGGCUCGUCGGCGGGUUCCUGCACCACCCAGGCGAACUCCUCCCACGACGGGAGCUGGUUCUCGGUGGUGUCCGCGCAAUCCGGGUCUGGUCUCUGCUGCAAGGAGGAGGGUCGCGUGGUCGUGUAUCAUGACGACGCCAAGAGUUCCGGCGGUGGUUCCGGUGACGGUGCUGCUACUGACGCUGGUCAUGAUUCACAGAGGGAGUCGGAGCAACCUGCUGCGUCCAGCGGUUCAUCGAAGUCUGAAGCUAGCUACCGCGGCGAGGAGGACGACAGGCUAGCGCUGGUGCUGGUAGAGAACCCGCACUAUCACACCGCAGAAUCAGGUCGACCGAGAACAGAGGACGGCGCCGAGACCAGCGACAGUAGGGAGCCGGAGGCAGAGAGCAACAGGCUCGCCAUGGUCCUGGCCGAUCCACAGCCACAACGCGACGCGCCGCCGGUGAUGGGCAUCAACGGCGGUAGCGGCAAUGACGUGCAGUCGGUGCUCCUGGCGCUGCGGCAGGUGAAGGAGCAGCUCCGGUACACCAUCGAGCGGAGGUCCGAGGGACUCGUCGCACACCGGGAGCUGUAUGGCCACUGAUCCGUGCAAGAUGUCGAGCAGCUGAAGCUGUCGAAUUGCAGUGGUGUGUAUUUACAGAGCUGGGAGUAUAUGUAGGAAACGGAAUAAGGUUUCAGUCUUGUGUAGUUAUGCCUGGAUCGUGAGACAUGGAGGUCGUAUUUAUAAAAGAAUUUUCUCUGUUGUCCUAUUUAUAAAGCCAAGUUUCUCUGCUGAUUACUUCUAACUCCAUUUCCUAAAGGUGUGUAAAUUAUUUCUCAAGUAGUUUGACAAA